UAUAUUUACAUUUAUUGUUAUUUAUUUAACGUUUGGAGUUAAUUUCUUUUUCUUUGGUUCACUUUAAAUUGCAAUUUCCUGAAACAUUAUUAACUGAUUGUUGUUCCAACUAAACAAUUGAUUUCCUCCUUUGCUGAUCAACACCAACAUGGAGGAAGAUAUUGACACAAAUAUGAAAAGCUCAGAGCCAUUGUCAUCAUCUGUUGAUCCAGUGAAAACUGAAAGGGAGGAAGAAGCUAAAUUGAAAGCAAAAUAUCCACAAGUGCAAAGACCGGGUCCACAAUUUUUACAAAAGAGAUUACAAAAAGGAGCCAAAUAUUUCGACUCAGGUGAUUACAACAUGGCUAAAGCAGCAGUGAAAAAUACUGUAUCCAGACAACCAUCUUCCUUAUCAAAAGAACCCACUGUAAAUUUAGUUUCACCUCCUCCAACCGGUGGUACAAUACCAACACCUGAUGCUUUGGCUACAAAGAGAACAUCAAUUCAUUCACUCAGUAAAUUAGCCUCUGAACAUCAACACCAAUAAUAAUAUCAUAGGAAAAAGAGAGAGAAAGACAGACAGACAAGCCGAAUAAACAAAAAAGAGAUAAUCUAAGAGGCAAAGAAACACGAAGUUGUUCAUUUCUCUCUUUCUCUUCAAUCUUUCUCCUUUCUCUUCAAGCCUCUUUUUUCUUCUUCUUCUCUCUUGUUAAUAAAAAAGUGCAUAUGUAAUAAAAGAAAAAGAUAGACACAUUCCAAUCAUUCUAGUAAAGCGAGUUUAUCUUUCAGAGAAAAGGAGAGAAAAACCUAAGGCUAAAUAUCAGAGAAAGAGAGAAAGAAAGAGAAUGAGUGAGUUGUUGUAACAAUUUAGACCAUUUAUUGGCUUUUAACCUCCCAAUCAACUUUUCAAUCUACUUUUUGUAUCCAAUCGUUUACUAUUGACAUCAGAGGAGAGAGAGGAAGAGAGAAGAGAGAGAGAGAGCGAGAGAGAUUAAGUAAAAUCUCUCCCCCUCUCUCUCUCUGGUUUGCAGGUAGCAUUGAACUUUGUGUGCUCACAACUGUGUGUAUUUGCUUUAAUUGUGAUGAAUCUUGUAAAGGAAACGGCAAUUAUUAAAUUGUAGCAAAAGUAAAUUAAUAUUGAUUAAAUAAAGAAGAAAAAAGUUAA